AUGAUAUACUGAGUUCAGUAUCUAAAGUACAGUUUGUAAGGGCUCUGUGCAGUAGUAAUACAUUAUGUGAUGAUGGACGCUAAGGUAUUCGUACAAUGUCUACUGAACCUGUCCGAACAAGCCUCUAAUCUAGCAUGUUUGGUACGAGAUGAUGAGCAGUUGAACGAACGACUGACUGCUUCCAAGUCAAAACGAAUGAAUGGAGAGGCUGACUUUAAAACACUAGCUGAUGUCCUAAUACAGUGUACUUUUAGUCAUGGGCUCAAAUCUAAGUUCCCAAACCACCAAAUAAAUGUGAGGGGAGAGGAAGACGGGAAAUUUCCCUCUGAAGACGGGAAACAGGUUAUACUGGAGAUAACAGACGACGUUCAGAAUACGAGGAACCUACUAGGUAAAGUUUUAAACGAUAAGAGUAUUGUGGAAAAGUUAAGUGGAGCAGUCCACAAGCAUAUAGAAGUACACGACGAUCUGGUUAACAAAGUAGCUGGUGUUCAUCUACCUGAUGUACUCAAUGUUUGGAUCGACCCCAUUGACAGCACCAAGAGCUUUAUAAAGGGAGGAGAGAGUUUGGAGAGUGUAACUGUGUUAGUCGGGGUUCAUCACGAGGGAGUACCAAUCGUGGGGGUAAUGACUUAUCCGUUCUCAAAACAGCAGAUUUGGGGAGUUUGUUUUGAAGGAAGCUGUGUAACUAGUGUUCCUAAACCUGUAGUUAACAGUAUGAUUAAGACAGUUUUUGUGAGUAAUCUUGAAACCGAACAGAAUCGAGACAAAUUAAGAAGUCAAGGAUACCAGGUGGAAACACCAACAGGAGCUGGGUUCAAAUUAGGCGGUAUAAUACUGGGGACAGCCUCUUUUUACUACGUGUCCAAGAAAAGCACAUACCAAUGGGACACGUGUGGACCGCACGCUAUAAUCCGGGCUAUGGGAGGGGAAGUAGUGCACAUAUCCACCCCCGACACAGCUAUCUUCUACAACGACAGCAUGGAGCCUAACGAGGGGUUUGUAGCUUACUUAGACAGGCAGGGGGCGGAGAAACUGCUGGAGUCGCUGAAAUAAUGUUUAAAUAAGUAGAUAAUAUUCAAUUAAAUGAUGUUUAACUUUAUAUGAAUCGUUGUUUUAACGAUUGCUGAUUGGCGUACUUUUUGAAAUACUAUUUCAUGUUAAGUUGGUUAGUUGUUAAUUUUUAAAUGUUACUGGUGGAUUGCCGUGAUAUUUGAGCUGUGAUGAUUCAGGAAUUAAUGAUAUUCCACUGUUUUGUCCCAUAAACAAAUAUAAAUACAGCUUUUAUUUGUGGGAGGGGUUGUUCACAUGUGUAAUCACUGAGGGGGAAGGAGGGGCUUCUUAAUGAUUACGUUCGUGUCAUUUUAACACAAUAGCUAUAUUUAAAACUUAUUACGGAGGGAGGGGAGGGGGAUUAAAAAUGGACCAAAAAGUGAUUACAUAAUAUGUGAACGACCCCUUACGUGUGUCAACACACACGUUAUUUUGUAAAUGGGGACAUCUUGAUCGGAGUUGGGGUUUUUCAUUUACGUUUUCAACAUAUUACGACGAUUUUAGUUUUAUCACCCGCUUUUAGUUUUAACAUGUAUAUUUAUUUAGUUUGUGCUUCAAGAGUCGCACUGUCACGAUUAUGUAAAUAAUUUCAUGGCGCUAUCUGAAGACCUGCGGAUUAAUAUUUGAUUGGGCACACAAAAAUAUCGUGCAAUUUGAUUGGAUACUAGUUGUCACGUGUUAAAUAAGAAACCCGCGUGCCGCGUACUUCAUAUCCUUGGAUGGCUCCAUUUAGUUAAUGUUAUCGAUUUGUGCUGAUAUAUUAAUUAUUUAAGUGAUAUUUGAAUUAUUUAUUGGCAAGUUACAAUUAAA